AUGGCCCUCUAUCUCUCCGUCGACUGUGGAGGAACCAAGACGUCAGCCGUUAUCUGCGAUGCGUCUGGCACAGUUGUCGGUCGUGGUUCAGGAGGCCCAUCCAAUAUCACCUAUCUCACACCCGACGCCUUCAUAGCCUCAGUCAAAGAGGCCACUGUCUCCGCUUUGCGCACGGCCGUCCCAAUAUCCGACGACACCACCAUCCAACUUCCCCCUUCAGACAAGAGCCCCUUCGAGGCUGCGUGGUUCGGGAUUUCUGGGGCAGACUCUCCUGCCGCCAUCGAGAAGGUCGCAUUACCACUUUCCAACCUCCUCGGUCUUCCCAACGGCCCGCGACUCAGCGUCACUCACGAUAGCCAUUUGCUCGCUGCCCCAGUACGCAUGCAUUCCGAUGUGAGCCAUGCGAUUGUCGUCAUCGCUGGUACAGGCUCUGCCACGGUUAGCUUCAAAGAGAUUGAAGGAGGGGUUGAGGAGCUUGGGCGUGUCGGCGGUUGGGGAUGGUUGUUGGGAGACGAAGGCAGUGGAUUUGAGGUUGGGCGAGAAACGUUGCGGCAUAUCCUCCUGGAAUACGACAAGGCAUCGGUCACCGGUAGCACGGUACCAAAAUCCCCUCUCAUAGAGGCCAUUUUGGAGAGGUUCGAAAUAGGACACGUCAUGGAGAUCUUCACCAAGGUUUAUCUCCAGGAUCCUGAUCCAUCUGCAAAGAUUCUCCCCGGAGAAGAGAAGGCUUUGCGCAAUCUCGCUCGCGAGAAACGCAUAUCCUCGCUUCCCCGCCUCGUCUUCAAAGCAGCGUUCGAAGAUGGUGAUCCCCUCGCUCUUGAGAUCUUGAAGACCACGGCAGGGCAUCUUGCUUCCCAGAUUGUCAUUUUGUUGGGAGACGGCGUCGGUCCUUCUCCUCGUAUUUUCAAGGCAACGGACGCUGUCAUAUCGUUUGGUGGUUCAUUGGUUGGAAUCGAGGCGUAUAGGAACCUGAUCCUCGAUGAUCUUGCUAGACGAGGUCACGUCUUCCGCCGCGUUGCCUUCAUCGACGACGCCGCCGCCGUUGGUGGUGCUGCGCUUGCGGCAGCAUUUAUUGCUACUUCCUCCUGA